AAUUCUCGGUAAAACAACAAAACACAAAAUGGAGAUGGGGUAUAUGUGGAUGAGGCGAGUUCGAUUCGCAGCUAACUCUCUCCUCCAAGCUAUGGCGUUUCCCUCUCCCUCUUCUCCGGCUACUGCUCUCCGAUAUGCUUCCCGUCGCCCUCUUUUUUCCUUCACUUGUUUUAAACCACCUCAUCCCAUUACCUUAGCUUCCUCACAUGGCCGUCGCUCCAUUUCAAUCUCAACCUUCUCUUGCUGCUCUUCUGCAUCCACACUUCUUUCCCUCCCUGAAAACGAAGAUCUCCCUGAUUUUGAACGUGGGGAAAGCUACGAAAAUCUGCCCAAGAGCUCCAAGGUGCUUCUCAAAGGGAUGAAUUACGGCGAACUUCAAGAAUGGGUUCAAUCACAUGGAUUCAGGCCUGGCCAGGCUUUAAUGUUAUGGAAGCGUCUCUAUGGAGAUAACAUUUGGGCACAUGAUAUCGAUGAUCUAGAAGGAUUAAACAAGGAUUUCAAGAAAAUGCUGAGUGAACAAGCUGAACUUAGAGCCUUAUCUUUAAAAGAUAUUCGCACUGCAUCUGAUGGCACUAGAAAGAUUUUGUUCGUGCUGGACGACGGGUUGGUCAUAGAAACAGUUGUGAUACCUUGCGAUAGGGGAAGGACAACCGUUUGUGUUUCGAGUCAAGUGGGCUGUGCUAUGAAUUGCCAAUUCUGCUAUACUGGCAGGAUGGGUCUGAGGAGACAUUUAACUGCGGCUGAGAUCGUAGAGCAAGCUGUAUAUGCAAGGCGAUUGCUCUCUGGUGAUAUUGGUUCCAUUACAAAUGUUGUAUUUAUGGGAAUGGGAGAGCCAUUUCAUAAUAUUGAAAAUGUUAUAAAAGCUGCUGAUAUCAUGGUGGAUGAACAAGGCCUUCACUUUAGCCCUCGCAAAGUCACUGUUUCUACAAGUGGACUUGUUCCCCAGCUGAAAUGUUUUCUCCGUGAAUCCAAAUGUGCCUUAGCUGUUAGUUUGAAUGCUACAACUGAUGAGGUCAGGAAUUGGAUCAUGCCAAUCAAUCGGAAGUAUAAACUGAACCUUCUUCUUGAGACCCUUAGGGAGGAACUAAAGUUCAAAAAUAACUACAAAGUUCUAUUUGAAUAUGUGAUGCUUGCGGGAAUUAAUGACAGCAUUGAGGAUGCUAACAGGUUAAUCAAUCUUGUGAAGGGUAUUCCCUGCAAAAUCAAUCUUAUUUCUUUUAAUCCUCAUUCUGGGUCUCAAUUUAAACCGAGCAGCGAUGAGAAGAUGAUCGAGUUUAGAAAUGUUUUAGCCAAAGGUGGUUGCACUGUUUUUAUGCGAUUUAGUAGAGGUGAUGAUCAGAUGGCUGCGUGUGGUCAGCUGGGGAACCCUGGUUCAAUUCAAGCACCCUUGCUCCGUGUUCCAGAGCAAUUCCGGGUGCCUCUCAACACCGGUACAUGAUUUCUUGGACAAUGAACAAACCAGAUUUGGCUUAAUCUUAUCUCAAGCCUCAGACGAGUGGAGUAGGGCAUGUUAGACUGUUGUACCUUUUCUUAUUCUUAUCGU